AUGAAACUGCUUAUUGUUCUGUGCAUCGUAGUUGCAGCCGUGUCUGGGGCGGCGGUUCCGUCAAACGAUGUGCAGGUUCUGCGCUACGACAAUGACAACAUUGGUGUUGGCAACUACCGUUAUGUGUUUGAGCAAUCGGAUGGAUCAAAACAUGAACAGCAAGGUAGCCUCAUCAACGAAGGUCACGAAGACGAGGCAAUCGCUGUCAAGGGUUCCUACUCAUGGGUAGCACCUGAUGGUAACACCUACAUAGUGACCUAUAUCGCUGACUCUAACGGCUACAAACCUACAUUAACUGUACAACCUGAAAUAAGAGAGAAAGGAAUUCCUGAAGGGCAAGCGCUUUAUUCUGUAGCAUUUAUACAAUCAGCCCUCGGUUAAACAUUUGUAUAAGCCUUCCCCGCAUAAGUUUUUUAAGUGUUUUGAUAUUGGUCAGCUCUAGAGCCCUCCUCAGUCCGACUUACUGGAUUAUUAUGGAGCGUCACCGCGCUCAGUUUCGACUCACAUUGAACUAGCUGUUACGACUCAAAUAAA